UAGCAGUGGGGAAACACUCUUUUCACGCCACUUCGAUACCGAAGUGACUUCUUCGUAGCAGGUUAGAAUUUACGCUGCAGGUUAGGAGAACGAAUUUAGCAUGUUAGGAAACUGGAGAAGGUGAUGUCGUAAAGCAGAAAGUGUCGUAAACCAGGUGCAGAGGAGGGAGGGAGGGAGGUGGAGUGGAGAGAGGAGUGGGGUACGGGGGGAGGUGGCGAGAGAGGAGGUGACUCGCCCCGGCAGGCAUUAUUCAGACAGAGCGAAAGGAUCAUGGCGGAUGGCCCCAGGUGUAAGCGCAGAAAACAGGCGAACCCGAAGAGGAAUAACGUAACAAAUUACAACAAUGUUGUGGAGGCCCAGUCAGACUCUGAUGAUGAGGACAAGCUACACAUAGUGGAGGAAGACCCUGAUGGUGACAGCACGGUGCCAGAAGACACCUCAGUAGUAUUAACCCAGAACGGUACAGAGACUCACCAAGACACCUGGGAUGGAGUGAAGGAGGACUGUGGCUCUGAAGAGGAGGAUGAGGAGGAAGGGGAAGAGGGGGAGGAGGGGGGUAAGGAUGCCCUGGUAGAGGAGAUGCUACAGUUGGGGGAUACAGCGGUCAUCUACCCCGAAGCUCCAGAGGACGAGCAGAAGAGCAUGCCUGAGAGACGGGUCCCAGACGAGAAUGGCACGCCAGACGCUCUUUCCCAGCUCCUGACCUGCCCGUACUGCUCGCGGGGCUACAAACGCUGCACUGCCCUGAAGGAGCACAUCAAGCUGCGCCACGAGAAGAGUGAGGACAACUUCAGCUGCUCCCAGUGCAGCUACACCUUCGCCUACCGCACACAGCUGGACCGUCAUAUGACCCAACACAAGACUCAACACAAGGAACCUGUACAGCGCCACAUGCCCCAAACCACGACAACAACAGGGGGGAAUAGGAAGUUCAUGUGUACAGAGUGUUCCAAGGCUUUUAAAUACAAGCACCACCUGAAGGAGCACCUGCGUAUUCACAGCGGAGAGAAGCCAUACGAGUGCCCCAAUUGUAAGAAGCGAUUUUCCCACUCCGGGUCCUACAGCUCCCACAUCAGCAGUAAGAAGUGUGUUGGCAUGGUGCCUGUCAACGGUACCCCCCGACCAGUCAUGAAGGCCUCCCAGACCCCCACCACCCAGAACCAGCUUUCCGGCACUGCCCCCGUAGCCCCUACCCGACUGCUCCUCCGGGGGGAGAAGACAGAUGGCAAGCCCCUUCAGGAGCAGCUCCCCGUCAACCAGAUCAAAUCAGAGCCGGUGGAAUAUGAGUACAAGCCGGUGGCGGUGGGGCCUAACGGGGCAGCAGGGACUAACGGGACAGUGUUUACCGGUGGCAUGGCGGUACCCCAGGGCACGGUCCAAGCGGUGGUACUGCCCACCGUUGGUUUGAUGUCUCCUAUCAGUAUUAAUCUCAGCGACCUGCAGAACGUACUCAAGGUGGCCAUGGAUGGGAACGUGUUUCGCCAGGUGCUGGGGACGGCCAACGGGCUGGUGACGUCCAAGCAGGGGGUGGUGGGGCAGGCUGGGCAGCAGGUCAUCUCAGCCAUCAGCCUCCCUGGCUUCGUGGACCAAGACGGAACCACCAAGAUCAUUAUUAACUACACCCUGGAGCCCAGCUUGGCCCAACAGCCCAGCGCACCUCAGCUCCUCAAGAAGGAACCUCUCCCUGCCCCCACCACCACAAACACACAGCCAGCCUCCAAAGUAACAGAGAAACUCAUCCAGGACCUCAGCAUCAUCAAGACCGAGCAGCCCGACUCUGAGUCUGAGAAGGAGAUGGAGAAAGAGGAGGCUCCGACCGAGGCAGAGGCAGAGCAGAGUAAGGAGGGUGAAACACCAAAGGCCCAGACAGGCAAGACAACAUGUCUGCUGUGUGAUGACUGUCCUGGUGGUUUGGAUGCACUACACAUGCUCCAGCACUGUAAACCUACCAAUGGGGAGGGGGGUGACGGCAGCCCCCUGGACCCCUCUAUCGCCGCCCUGCUGGCAGAAGCAGGGAUAACACCAGGCCAGCCCCCUCUGAAGAACCUGCUCUCCCUCCUCAAGGCCUACUUUGCCUUAAACGCAGAGCCCACCGAGGAAGAGCUGGCCAAGAUCUCUGACAACGUCAGCUUGCCCGUGGACAUAGUCAAGAAAUGGUUUGAGAAGAUGCAGUCCGGUCAGAUUACUGUCGAGCCCCCUGGUUCCUCUUCCCCUCUACCUUCAACAGGUCCUAGCACAGAGACCCAGGCGGCCCAAGAGAAGAGCGGAGAGCAGACAGAGGAGCAACUCGCCUCGGCCCAAACCCAGGAGACAUCAUCUUCCCAACCUCCCAACAGUUCCCCUGCCUCGACCUCCGCCUCCCCCUUGGUCUCAGCCUUGGCUCCCUCACCACUAAACCUCUCCUCCAGCGGCCGGGUCAUCGUGAAAACGGAGGAGGACUCAGAGGGCGAGUCUCAAGAUCUUCCCCUGGACCUGUCCCUUCCCAAGCAGCCCCAAUCAGAGCCCCAGGUCCCCCAUGUCCCCCAGGAGCAACCCCUCAACCUCACCUGUUUGAAGAAGGAAACGUCCCAGCCCCAGCUCCAGGCCCAGCUCCAACCCCAGCUCCCAGGGUUCCAAACCCAGCUCCAGUCCCAGCUCCAACCCCAGCUCCAGGCCCAGAUCCAGGCCCAGCUCCAACCCCAGCUCCAGGCCCAGCUCCAACCCCAGCUCCCAGGGUUCCAAACCCAGCUCCAGGCUCAGGGAACCACCAACACCAUCUACGUCACUUCCCCCCCGCAGAUGGCCACUUCCAGCCCGGUUAACAUCAUGACCACCCAGCUAGUAGCCAUCACCAACCAGGGCAGCGGUGUGCCCUGUCUCAGGGCCAUCUCCACUGGCACCACCAAACGGACUAUCCUCAUCCCCCAGCUUACCUACACAUACACCACUAAAGCAGGCAGCAACGCCACUGGGGCCGACGGAGCCCAGAAGACCGUCAUACUCAACGGCUGCCAGGAGGAGGAGAAGGCUGACACCAGUUCAGAGAGCGUGUCGGCGGUAGAGGAGCAGAACGACUCGGACUCAGCCCCUCCACAGAAGAAGAUGCGUCGGCUGGAGAGUGGCAUGUAUGCCUGUGACCUAUGUGACAAGAUCUUCCAGAAGAGCAGCUCCCUGCUCAGGCAUAAAUACGAACACACAGGAAAACGUCCACACGAGUGUGGCAUCUGCAACAAAGCCUUCAAACACAAGCACCACUUGAUAGAGCACACGCGUCUGCACUCCGGAGAGAAGCCCUACCGGUGUGACAAGUGUGGCAAGUGUUUCUCCCAUUCCGGCUCCUACUCCCAGCACAUGAACCACCGAUACUCAUACUGCAAGAAGGAGCCCCAAGGAGAUCAUCAGGUGGGGCGUCGGCUCAGGAUGACCCCCGAAAUGAGCUCCCAAGCAGAGGAGCAGCAGUCAGAUAGCCGGCCCACCUCCCCUCCCUCCCAACUGGACUCAGACGAGAGGGAGAGUGAGGAGGAGCUGGAGGAAGAGGAAGGAGAGGAGGAAGGCAUGGAAGCCAUGAGCAUGGACGACAUACGGGUGGUGCAGGUGGGCGAGGAUGAUGAAGAGAGUGAAAUCUAUGAGGUGGAGGAGUUUGAAGGGGUGAGGCAAGAGGAGGAGGAAGAAGGGAGCAGAGAGGAGGAGGCACAGCAGGAAGAGGAGGAGGGACAGCAGGAAGAGGAGGAGGCACAGCAGGAAGAGGAGGAGGAAGAAGGGAGCAGAGAGGAGGAGGCACAGCAGGAAGAGGAGGAGGGACAGCAGGAAGAGGAGGAGGCACAGCAGGAAGAGGAGGAGGCACAGCAGGAAAAGGAGGAGGAAGAAGGGAGCAGAGAGGAGGAGGCACAGCAGGAAGAGGAGGAGGGACAGCAGGAAAAUAAGGAGGAAGGGAGGAGAGAGGAAGAGAAGUCUGUACAGCAGGAGCAGGUGUGUGAGGAAGAGGAGGAAGGGAGAAGAGAGGAGGAGGAAGAAGGGAGGAGAGAGGAGGAGGCACACCAGAAGGAGGGGGAGGAAGAGGAAUGGAGGAGAGAGGAAGAGAGCAGAGAGGAGUCUGUACAGCAGGAGAAAGAUGUGUAUGAGAAAGAGGAGGAGGAGGAGAUGGAGGUACAGGUGAUGGGAGAUGGGGAGGGGGAGGAAGGAGAGGCAGAGAAGGAAACUGUGGUAACAGAGGAGGCUAAGGAAACAGAGGACAAAGAACCGCAUGUGGACAAGGAGAACAUUACAGAAACAUUAGAAAAUGGACAGAAAGAAACAGAGGAAAACAAGAUGAACAGUGAAUGAAAAAUACAUUUUGUGUUGAAAAUGUCAAAUAGCAGGACAGGAAAAUAUUGUCUUGUUGUCAAAAGAAGAAACAAAACAAACAUGGCUGCCAUGUUGAUGCUGUGUUGUCGGUCCACUACUGUGUUCAAACCCAGGUGUGCCUGAACUAGACAAAAAAAGAAGUGACUUUUAUUUGUGGAAAAGAAUCAGUGUUACUUAGACCUUGUUUAUAGAAGUAUUAUACAUUUGAAAAGAAUGAAGAAAAAAAACCCAUGGACAUUUGUUACUGAGAGUGAGACAUCCGAUCCCAGGUCAUUUCUGUUUGUCAGUGUUAUUACUCAUUUUGCAGCUCAUGUUUGAACCUUUUAACCUGUACAGUUGAAGAAAGAUUUCUAUACCUUUUUAUUGCCAAAUGAUGGUGUUUGCUAAAAUCAGUAUUUUAUUGAGUUGUAAAAAAACAAAACAUCUGCACUACAGUAUUCCUGGUUUACCUAUGGAUAAAACAUGCCUCAUGAUGUGUUGUUCACCCUUUAGUAUGAUUAUGUACACACUAGCUAUAGAUCUUCUUUAUGUUAGCUAACCUUAGCAUAGCAUUUUGUUUUAAGUUGGAUUGUUAGCCUUAAGAAGAAAAGAGGAUUCUGGGGUAUGGGUGGGAAGGGGUUAGCCUGAGUGCUGAGUCUGUUUGUUCUAUCAUGUUAACUCCUUGUCACUCAUUGUCUUGCCAUGCUUGGCUUGUCAAGGACAGCAAUGGAAUUGGCAAGAGCACAAACAGAUCUGGGACCAGGCUAGGGAGAGUGAGAGGGUGAGAGGGUGGGGAUGAUGAUGUGGCAUCUGAUGCCAUAACCAAACUGUCCUAUCAGGGAAGGUGUCACAACCUCAAAUCCAGCAUUCUUACCAUGCUCCUCCUUGGUCGCACCCCAAUAAUCUCUCCUUCCUGAAGUGUGCACUUGUUUACUACUCCCCACGAAUUGAAAAGCAUGGUGUAGGCAUGGGCUAAACUACAAGAAGUUUCCACAAUAUUUGGUAUACUAGUCAUUUCCUUUCAAAUCCAUGAAGGGAAGAGAACAAGUGCGCACGUUUGGAGAAAGGUUUGAUUAUUGGGACACCCCUUGUUUUCGGUUAGGUUAGUUGUUAAUCAAUGAUCAUCAGUGUUAUAGGGUCAUAUGAAGCAGGAGGGGGGCAGUUCUGCAUUGUACCCCACCCCAAUGCCUCCAGCCUUAUGCAAGACCAGUCCUGCGUGCUGUAAGUGCCAUUGAACAGUGUUAUUUUUACUUCACGGAUGUAGCCAGUACAUCUUUCAAUCUGCGCAAGGCCCAUAUUGAAUAAUGUUUGUUUAAUUGCUUGGACACAUAUUUUUUUGUUAAAUAGUGCUUCAUCCCAAAUGGCACCAUAUUCUCUAUUGGUGCACUAUAGGGCUCUGGUCCAAAGUACUAUACUAUGUAGGGAAAAAGUGGCCAUUUGGGACGCGGACAAUAGCACGAAUAAGGAAUCUUUCAUGUGACAAAGUGACAAAGAGAAUAAGAUGGAUGGGAAAGGUUUUUACUGUGUUUAAGGGGAUUUUCCUGUGUUGGAGCGUCAGCCAUUAUUAAUUGAGUGCACUUGUUUUAAAAAAUGGUGGCAAACUAACCCUCACUUCAGGUAACAAAUGUUAGUGAAUAUGGUCCCUGUGUUUUAUGACGUGUUUCAGUUGAUUUGACCUAACAGUGUUACUUCAUUAUUUUUCAGUUUGGCUUUAGUAUUUUUCAUGUGUGCAUUUGGCAGUAUUAGUACCCUUGUCACUGAUGAAAGUGUACCUAUUUAGUUUUUAGAGGACUUUUUAUAUUUAUGUGUCUUAUUUUUAUAUUUCUUUAUGGUUAUUUAUUACACACAUUGUAGUGUACAAUACUGUAGUUUGAAUUGAUACAAUAAUAAUAUAUUUUAGUAUGAAAAAUGAUUUGAAGGUCAAUGAAUCCAGAGCGGUCUGAAGUACAGCUCUAGGAGUCAUGAAGUUUGUUUUCAAAAAAGCAACCUGAAGUAUUACGUCAACAUGAUGUCUGUUUAAGCUGUAAAAAAAAAAGAACAAGAAAAGACACAAAUGAAGAGAGAAAUGAAAAGUGUUCCAUGUGCAUCCAUCAUCAGACGAGUUGGUUAGACUGACCUUGUCCUUAAUUUGAUAUGAAUCUACUGAAAACUAACUGUGUGACUAAAUGCAUGAGUCCUCGCUGUUGUUAUGAAGAUAUACGUAACUCCCUUUUUUUUGUCAACAUACUCUUUUUCUUUCAGUUUUGUGCCAAUUUGUUACAUUGUUGUUAUAUGUCAGAGGCUACACUUUGUUUUAUACAUUUCCUGUUUAAUCUGUCUGUUUUUAUAGUUGUUUUUUUAUGACCCCACCAUCACAAUAAAAUACAAGAAAGCGUU